AUGGAGGUCCAACACGCGCGUAUUAAGAAUGGGUGGUUCACAGAGGUGAGCGAUGCUCAUUUCCCAGGUCAAGGAUUUUCAUUGAGAGUGGAAAAAGUUCUUCAUCACUCACAAAGUGCCUUUCAGGAUAUACUGGUUUUUAAAAGUACAGAUUUUGGAAAUGUCUUAGUAUUGGAUGGUAUAGUUCAAUGCACCGAGAGAGAUGAGUUCGCGUAUCAAGAAAUGAUUACGCAUAUACCGAUUUAUGCGCACAAAAAUCCCAAGAAGGUGUUAGUAAUCGGUGGUGGUGACGGAGGUGUGAUUAGAGAAGUCGUAAAACAUUCCUGCGUGGAAUCUGCUACAUUAGUAGAGAUAGACAAGACUGUGAUCGAACUAUCACAGAGGUAUCUGCCAGAAAUGUCUUGCUCGAUAAGCGAUCCUAAAGUCAACCUGCAAUUUUGCGAUGGAUUUCAGUUCCUUAGAAAUAUUGGUAGUUCAGAUUUGGAUGCUAAAUAUGAUGUUAUUAUAACAGACUCUUCGGAUCCGGACGGUCCUGCGGAAGCCUUUUUCCAGAAGGAGUAUUUCCAAUUGCUGAACAAUGCCUUGAGGGAGGACGGCAUAGUCAUAAUGCAGGCAUCUGAAAACGUUUGGUUAAAUAUUAAUUAUCUUGGAGAAUUAAUACAGACAGCGAAGUCUGUUUUCUCAAACACAGGAUAUUGUUAUACCACCGUUCCAUCAUACACAUCUGGACAAUUGGGUUUGAUUGUUUGCUCCAACGAGAAAGAUCUAAGAUUAGACGUAGCUCAUCGUUUGCCAACCUCUGAAGAGCAACAGAAAAUGAAAUAUUACAACCCUAAGAUUCAUCACGCUUCAUUUAUACUACCUACGUGGGCUGAUAGAAUACUCAAUACAAGGCAAGCGUAA